AUGUCCACUCCAACGAUACCACGUGACCCCAAUCAAUUAUGUCAGGAUGAGGGAGCCACAGGCUUCUACAAACCCGAUUAUGAUCCCAGCUGUAAUACAUACAUCAUGUGUUAUGGUGUAACAUUACAAGGUAUGAUAAAAUAUUGCCCUGCUGGCCAAUAUUUUGAUGGUGAGCGGAAAUUCUGUACUGCGGACAGACCAAGUGAUUGUUUGAUCGAAGUUACAACAACGACUAAGAAUCCAAAUGCACCGCUAACAACAACUUCUGAGAAUCCAAAUAUUCCUGAAAUUACCACUACAACUACGACGACGAUUACAACAACUACAACACCGGUAAUUACAUCGACGACAACAACUCAAGCACCACUUCCAAAUCCUCCUCGAGAUCCCAAACAAAUUUGUCAAGAUGCUGGUGCCAGUGGUUCGUAUAUAUACGAUGCUGAUUGUACAAAAUUCGUAAUGUGUUACAUUUUGAAUGGAAUUUUGGAUGGCAUUCUAAAAUCAUGUCCCAGUGGUCAAUAUUACCAUGAUGAUACAAAAUUGUGCAUCAAUGUCAAACCCGAACGUUGUCUAUAA